GUCACUAGAGGGUUGGAGAAUGCUGUGACUGAACUUGAAAGUAAAGCCAAAUCUCACCUCAAUGGCAGAAGGGCUGCUUUGGAAGAAAUAGGAAAUAAAGUCACAAUAAGGGCAACACAUAUAGCUAAGAAACCAGAAUGCUCCAGAGCAUCUAUAAAGCCUACGAAAGGACCUGGUAAGGUGACGAAUGUAACUGUAAUCCCUAGACCCCCUGCUGCUGUGAAUCGAGCAUUCAAAGAAACCAAUGUUCCAAAGGUUCUGUCUCCUGUCCCUAUGGAUGUAUCUGUGCAAGAGGAAGAUUUGUGCCAAGCCUUCUCUGAUGUGUUGCUCAACAACAUAGAAGACAUCGACGCUGAGGACUUGGGGAAUCCCCAGCUGUGCAGCGACUACGUAAAAGACAUCUACCUGUACCUGAGAGAGCUUGAGCUGCAGCAGUCGAUCCGCCCGCGUUACCUGGAUGGGAAGACGAUCAACGGGCGCAUGCGUGCGAUUUUAGUUGACUGGCUCGUCCAGGUCCACUCAAGGUUCCAGCUUUUGCAGGAAACACUCUAUAUGUGUGUUGCCGUUAUGGAUCGGUUCUUACAAAGUUAUCCAGUAUCUCGUAAGAGGCUUCAGCUGGUGGGCGUAACGGCAAUGCUUGUAGCUUCAAAAUACGAAGAGAUAUUUUCUCCUGAUGUAGCCGACUUUGUUUACAUUACGGACAAUGCCUACACUGGCAGUGAAGUUAGAGAAAUGGAGAUUCUGAUUCUUAAAGAGUUAAACUUUGAUUUGGGGCGACCUCUUCCAAUUCACUUCUUAAGAAGAGCAUCAAAAGCUGGGGAGGCUGAUGCUAAGCAACACACACUAGCAAAAUACCUAAUGGAGCUGACGCUGAUAGACUAUGACAUGGUUCACCACCGUCCUUCAGAGGUUGCAGCUGCUGCCUUGUGCUUGUCCCAGAAGAUUCUAGGACAUAAUGAAUGGGGCCCAAAGCAGCAGUACUACACUGGCUAUGCAGAAGACUCUCUUGUGACAACUAUGAAACAUAUGGCCAAGAACGUGGUCCAAGUAAAUGAGAAGCUAACAAAAUACACUGCUGUAAAGAACAAGUAUGCAAGUAGCAAACUACUGGCAAUCAGCACAAUUCCUCAGCUGAGCAGCAAGCUAAUCAAAGACCUGGCUUCAUCACUCUUGCCACCACCUGAGGCAGCCAAGUCCUGA